AUGAAGCCAGCCCGUUCCAUCGCCCAGUUUGCCUUUGUCCUCGCCUCCUUGUCCGGCGUCACUUCAGCAUGGCCGAGCUGGCUCCCAGAGUUGGACUCUCUGGUAGCGAGGCAAGACGAUAAUGGGAGCAGCAGUAGUUCAAACACACCGCAACAGACGCCAUCCCCCUCAGCGUCACAGUCCGGCUCCAAGGAUGCCAAGACGACGGGCAAGGAUGCCGACAACACCCACAACCUCAAUACCGGAGCCGUCAAGACAGGGGACAAGACGCCUAACCAGACCGGCAACAGCACCGACUCCCACAAGCCCGAUCGAACAAUGUUCAACCCAGGUGACCCGGCCGGCGCCGUCGUCAUGGUCACCCCGUCCCUGGCACAGGGCAUGCAGCUCUACAAGAUCGACGACAAGGUCACCUUUGGCUGGAACUACACCAACCUGCUGGGCACCCCGACCGCCAUCGACGUCCUGGCCAGCUGCAGCACCGCCAGCAGGACCUACACCCUCACCCAGAACAUGACCUUUGCGACGCCCGCCACCUUCACCUGGGACACCAAGGACACGCAGGACCUCCUGACGGCCGAGUACACGCUCAUCAUCUACGACGCCGAGGCCGGCCCCAGCGCCACGGCCGAGCCCGGCUAUCUGAGCACCUUUAACAGUCUCGUCUUUGGCCUGUACAACAAGCGGCCCUACACGUCCAUCGCGGACGGCUGGCAAUGCGCCAUCUGCAGCGCCGCCGCGCCUUCUGUCGAUUCCAGGGCAGUCGGCUUUGCCAUGACCAUGAGCGUCCUCACCGUCCUCAGCUUCACGUGGUUCGUGGCAGGCGUCGGCGCGGGCCUGUAG